GGCAGCAGCAGCGGUAGCAGCCCCGGCGGCGGCGGCGGCGGCGGCGGCGGCACAGCGGCGGCAUCGGCCCGAGCCGCCGACCGUCCUCCCUCCCUCGCUCGCUUGCUCGCUCGCUCCCUCCUCUCCGCUCGCCCGGGAGCCGUGCUGCCCGCUCCUCUCUAACUCUUCAGCCGCGGGACCCGGCGCCGGGCGCGCUGCACCGCCACCAUGGGGAAGGGGGUUGGACGUGAUAAAUAUGAACCUGCUGCCGUGUCAGAGCACGGCAACAAAAAGAAGAUGAAGAAGGAGAAGGAUAUGGAUGAACUCAAGAAAGAAGUUUCUAUGGAUGACCAUAAACUUAGCCUUGAUGAGCUUCACCGCAAGUACGGAACAGACUUGAGCCGAGGAUUAACAACUGCGCGAGCUGCUGAGAUCCUGGCCCGAGAUGGACCCAAUGCCCUCACUCCUCCUCCCACCACUCCUGAGUGGGUCAAAUUCUGCCGGCAGCUGUUUGGGGGCUUUUCAAUGCUACUGUGGAUUGGUGCAAUUCUGUGUUUCCUGGCUUACGGCAUCCGAGCUGCCACUGAAGAGGAAGUUGAUAAUGAUAAUCUUUAUCUCGGUGUGGUAUUAUCAGCUGUCGUCAUCAUUACUGGUUGUUUCUCCUACUAUCAAGAAGCUAAAAGUUCAAAGAUCAUGGAAUCUUUCAAAAACAUGGUUCCUCAGCAAGCUCUCGUGAUUCGAAAUGGUGAGAAACUGAGCAUAAAUGCAGAAGAAGUUGUUGUGGGGGAUCUGGUGGAAGUAAAAGGGGGAGACCGAAUCCCCGCUGAUCUCAGAAUCAUAUCUGCAAAUGGCUGCAAGGUGGAUAACUCCUCCCUCACUGGGGAAUCGGAGCCCCAGACCAGGUCUCCAGAUUUCACACAUGAAAACCCUCUGGAGACAAGGAACAUUGCCUUUUUCUCAACCAAUUGCGUUGAAGGUACUGCACGUGGCAUCGUUGUGCACACUGGGGACCGCACCGUCAUGGGGAGGAUCGCCUCUCUGGCUUCAGGACUGGAAGGAGGCCAGACUCCCAUUGCUGCAGAAAUCGAGCACUUCAUCCAGCUCAUCACGGGUGUGGCUGUGUUCCUGGGGGUGUCCUUCUUCAUCCUUUCUCUGAUCCUGGGGUACACCUGGCUGGAAGCUGUCAUCUUCCUCAUCGGUAUCAUUGUAGCCAACGUGCCAGAAGGGUUGUUGGCCACUGUCACGGUAUGCCUGACCCUUACUGCCAAGCGCAUGGCAAGGAAGAACUGCUUGGUGAAGAACUUAGAAGCUGUGGAGACCCUGGGUUCCACAUCCACCAUCUGCUCGGAUAAAACUGGAACUCUGACUCAGAAUCGGAUGACAGUGGCCCACAUGUGGUUUGACAAUCAAAUCCAUGAAGCGGACACAACAGAGAAUCAGAGCGGUGUCUCAUUUGACAAGACAUCAGUCACCUGGGUCGCUCUGUCCAGGAUUGCAGGUCUUUGUAACAGAGCAGUGUUUCAAGCCAACCAAGAAAACCUGCCUAUUCUUAAGAGGGCUGUUGCUGGAGAUGCCUCAGAGUCGGCGCUGUUGAAGUGCAUUGAGGUGUGCUGUGGCUCUGUCAAGGAGAUGCGCGAGAGAUACGCCAAGAUUGUGGAGAUACCCUUCAACUCCACCAACAAGUACCAGUUGUCUAUUCACAAGAAUACCAACACAAAUGAGCCCCGACACCUGCUAGUGAUGAAAGGUGCCCCAGAAAGGAUCCUGGACCGCUGCAGUUCUAUCCUUCUCCACGGCAAGGAGCUACCCCUAGACGAGGAGAUGAAAGAUGCCUUCCAGAACGCCUACCUGGAGCUGGGUGGCCUCGGCGAGCGAGUACUAGGUUUCUGCCACCUUUACCUGCCAGAUGAACAGUUUCCCGAGGGGUUCCAGUUUGACACUGAUGAUGUGAACUUCCCUGUUGACAAUCUUUGCUUUGUGGGGCUUAUUUCCAUGAUUGACCCUCCCCGGGCUGCUGUUCCUGAUGCUGUGGGCAAGUGUCGAAGUGCUGGCAUUAAGGUCAUCAUGGUCACUGGCGACCAUCCAAUCACAGCGAAAGCCAUUGCCAAAGGUGUGGGUAUCAUCUCAGAAGGCAACGAGACCGUAGAAGACAUUGCUGCCCGGCUCAACAUCCCAGUGAGCCAGGUCAACCCCAGAGAUGCCAAGGCCUGUGUGGUGCAUGGAAGUGAUCUGAAGGACAUGACCUCAGAGCAGCUGGAUGACAUUUUGAAGUACCACACGGAGAUCGUGUUUGCCCGGACCUCUCCUCAACAGAAGCUUAUCAUUGUGGAGGGCUGCCAGAGGCAGGGUGCUAUUGUGGCUGUAACUGGGGAUGGUGUAAAUGACUCUCCGGCUCUGAAGAAGGCAGACAUCGGGGUUGCCAUGGGGAUUUCUGGCUCCGAUGUGUCUAAGCAAGCUGCAGACAUGAUUCUUCUGGAUGACAACUUUGCCUCAAUUGUGACUGGAGUGGAGGAAGGUCGUCUGAUCUUUGAUAACUUGAAGAAAUCCAUUGCCUAUACCCUAACCAGUAACAUUCCAGAGAUCACCCCCUUCCUGAUAUUUAUUAUUGCAAACAUUCCACUACCCCUGGGGACCGUCACUAUCCUCUGCAUUGACUUGGGCACAGACAUGGUCCCUGCCAUCUCCUUGGCUUAUGAGCAAGCUGAAAGUGACAUUAUGAAGAGACAGCCCAGGAACCCUAAGACGGACAAACUAGUGAAUGAGAGGCUGAUCAGCAUGGCCUAUGGGCAGAUUGGUAUGAUCCAGGCCCUGGGAGGCUUCUUCACCUACUUCGUAAUUCUGGCUGAGAAUGGUUUCCUUCCCAUUCAACUGCUGGGCAUUCGUGUGGACUGGGAUGACCGUUGGGUCAAUGAUGUGGAAGAUAGUUAUGGGCAGCAGUGGACCUAUGAACAGAGGAAAAUCGUGGAGUUCACCUGCCACACAGCCUUCUUUGUCAGCAUCGUGGUGGUACAGUGGGCCGACCUGGUUAUCUGUAAGACCAGGAGGAAUUCUGUCUUCCAGCAGGGGAUGAAGAACAAAAUCUUAAUAUUCGGCCUCUUUGAAGAGACCGCCCUUGCUGCUUUCCUUUCCUACUGUCCUGGAAUGGGUGUUGCCCUGAGGAUGUAUCCCCUCAAACCUACCUGGUGGUUCUGUGCCUUCCCUUACUCUCUGCUCAUCUUUGUGUAUGAUGAAGUCAGAAAACUCAUCAUCAGGCGACGCCCUGGAGGCUGGGUGGAGAAGGAAACCUACUACUAGACCCCCAUCCUGCACGCCGUGGAGUAUAUGCCACAAUGCACCCACCACCCGCCCCCUCUUUGUGUACUUCAGUCUUGGAAUUCAGAAUUCUACCCUGGUAGGAAAGCACCGAAGCAUGUGGGGAAGUGAAGAUGUCCCGGAAUGAAGCAUGUAGCUAUACGGGGGAGGGAGGGGGGAGGGCUGCCUGAAAACCAUCCACCGUGGGAGUGACAACGGGGAAGGUUUUUACGUGCCUUUUUGUUUUUGUAAAAAGGAUAACUUGGAAGACUGAAAGAACUACAUUUUAUAUCUGGAUUUUUACAAAUAAAGAUGGCUAUUAUAAUGGA